UCCUCUGGGGCUUGACAUUUUCACACACACACUGCUAUCGGUCUACAGGAAAACCUUCUUUCUCUGACCUUCCUAUACACACACACACACACACACACAUACACAUACACAUACAUACACAAACAAAUUGCAUGCAAUGGCCAAACAACGGUUCUGGGUUUUCCACAGUAUGUCAUCGAAAGCAUCAGUGGGAAAUAUGCAAACACGGGAAAGAAAACUAUCCCCAACACAAGACAACUCGUCUUCAAGGAAUAAGAAGAUGCUGCGUUUACUCAUUCUGUUUUUGAUUCUUCAAGGUUCAGCUGCAACAUCAGAAGACACAGAAGGAUAUCCUUCAGGUUUCGGUGACGAUGAGGAUGGUGAUGGCGAUAGCAAAAAUGUGAGAACGAUUGCACUUAAUACUAUUGAAUCAGAAGGUCCUGAAGCAAGUCCUGGAUCAGAUAAAUCCACAGGAGAUGAUGACGCUGCAGGUGGAACCUUGAUAAUCAUCAUAGCUGCCGUUAGUGUCGCAGUUCUGGUCAUUGGGAGUAUUGCAGCUUUUGUCCUCUUCAGACGCUACUUGCAAAGCCGAGAACAGGGGGUCUACUCUGUGCCAGCAGAGCAAGGACAGAAAGCUGCUGUCUAACCAUCAGGGCCUUUUCAUUUCUUCUCUCCGCUGGAUCCUUUCAGGGACGUGCUGCAAGCAUGUGAUUUCUCAUCCAAAUGUAUCUAUAUCUAUAGCGGAUUCUAUAACGUCAGUAGACGAGAAUGUGUUGCUAUCCUGAAUUUUCUAUGAAUCGUUUUUAAAUGCACAACGUAUAGCGUUCAUGCACACAUGCCAAAUGUUGCACUCACAGAGAAAGUCCUUGGACUGUGUAGCACAGCUCACUGGACCUUUUUCCCUCUCCACUUACAAUAUUUUCUUAUUUAAAUCAAGCUCAGAACUGUUAUUAAAGUGUGUAAUAUUUUUCAAUCUUUAAAUACUUUCUCCAAAAAAGGAAGCCAUUCAUAGUUUUUUCCACACAGAAAAAAAAAGUAUAAACAAACACUGUGGCUCUGUUUAUUUGAACACCCUGACACAACAACAAAGGCUCAACCAAUGGCGUGAGUUUGAGGCGGGACAUUCUGUUAGACUAGCCAAUGGUAGACAAUCAUUCUCCUCGUUUUCCCUUCCAAUACUCCGAUGUUAGCCGUCCCCAGUGUGCUAAAGUGACAAAAUCAGGGCGGUUAAAGGGCUCUGUCUCUCUGGUUAUUUGACAAACUAGAGAAAGAAGCAGAGAAAGAAAAGCCAGUGGAAAAGUGGCUCUGAACACCCACUUGUCAAGCGGCGAAUUAAUCAACUGCUUUAAAUUAUGUUGUUUUCUUUUUCCUUUAUUUCAUGGCGGACAACUCCUCUGAAGCACUGUAGAUUGUAAAUAGCUCUGGGAUGCUGGGUAGCAGAUUAAUGGUUCAUCCUGCUGGCUUUAAUGGGGAUGGAGACAAUCCAAUGGGUGGACGGAGUAAGGAUACAGAAAAACACACGACAAUCGUAUAAUGGGGUCCAAAAGUCUACUAGUGAAAUGUAGCAUUUUCCUUGUCAUUACAAUUAUAUUAUCAGCAUAAAAAUAUGAGUGAAAAGUUUCAUUAUAAAUGAAUUUAAUUAGUGAACUAAAAAAGUGAAAGCUGAAAUAUAUGUUCAGGUUUAAAUUAGAUUUUUGAAUCUUCAGCAUGGACUCUUUGGACCCCGCAUCUACAGCAUCAUCGAUUGAAACUAAGACACUAUAGCGAGAUAUACUUUUAUCUUCCUCGUUCUCUCUCUCACCAUUCCUUUUUCUUCCAUUUUUUAGAUUAAAAUGGAAAUCAAUCAAAGCCCUUUUAGUCUGAGUCUGAAGACUCAGAGUGUCUCGGCUCUUUAUUCUGAAUUUACACAAAGACGGCAAGCUAGCAAACACUUUAAGAUGAGAAAGUUUUCUUGCGCUUUCUUACUCUCUUGUUAAAUGAUUAGUUCACCUAAAAAUGUAUGUAUGACUUUCUUUCUUUCUUCUGCCGAACAUAAAAGAAGAUAUUUGGAAGAACAUUUGGCGUCCAAAUAACAUUGAACUCCAUUGACUUUUAUUUUAUAGGCAAAAAUACAUUCUUUUUUUGUGUGUGUUCUACAUAAGAAAGAAAGUGAGACAAGUUUGGAAUUACAUGAGGGUAGUAAAUAAUGACAAAACUUAAAAAAUAAUUGUCUGCCCACCCGGCUUGUAUAUAACAGCGGAGGGCUGCUAACCCAGAUCUUGAUUUAAAAAUGUUUCUGUUUCUUUUCUAGCUGGAUUUCAUGUUUCUUGAUUACCUGCUUUUUUUUGUGCUUGCUGGUUUUCUAUUUAAAUCUAAAUCCAAAUCCAAUCUUGCGCGCAUUAGAUAGCUUGAGCUUGUUACUUUGACACAUGUGGGUGUGUAUAAAGGCAUUAGUCUGUAAUAUUAAUCAAGAUUUGCAAUAUAGCUAUUCUGGUAAAUCAUUCGCUAAAAGUGUCCUUAGACAAUAGCAUUUUAGAGAGCCGGAAUUGGAAAAACAGACUAAAUAAAAUAAAUUUAAAAAAAAAGGGCAAGAAAAAAACAACAUUUCAGCUCCUUUGAGUUAUAUAUAUAUACAUAUGUUUCACACACACAUAUAUAUAUAUAUAUAUAUAUAUAUAUUUUUUUUUUUUUUUUUUUAGAGAUUUUUAUAUUAAAACCGUUGGGAUUCAUUAACUCCAACAACUUUCUUUUGGGCUCUUUGGGCAGGUUGCUUUGUUCCAUGUGAAGGGACUUUAUACUUAUGUAAAAAAAAAAAAAAAAAAAAAAAAAAAAAAAAGAUGUGUUCAAUAUUUACCCAUUCAAGAAAUUCCACAAAUGAAUCAGCAAUGCAAGAUAACCUUUAGCUCACACAGAUUCACAUUUCAAUUCUGUUAGCAGUUUCUCUUAGUUGAUGUAGCCUAAGAAUGGAGUGGAAAAUGCAGAUGUAGAUUUUCCUUCUGAAGGUGACUCUCAACAGCCUUUAAAGGGAAAAUCAUUAGAGAUUGUAUUGUAUUUCCUUUCAACGGAGGCUGUUUACAUCAGCGCUUAUUUUCUUUUAUGUUAUGUAAGGUAUUCUGUCAGCAAAAAGGUAUACGUAUGUCUUUCGAAGUACAUUUGACCAGUUUUUAUUUUUAUUUUUAUUUUAUCAUGUAGUAGUAUACAACACUCCCAGUGCUUGACCUCUGGUAAACAUUACUGUUAUUCAUGGACAUUUGUGUGAUUUCUACUGAAGUUUAAACGUUAAUGCCUAUUGCUGUAUAUAUUUGAUAAGACAACCUGUCAUCUAUUUGUUGUAUAAGACUUUUAUUUUAAAUAAAUAUUAUUGUUCUCAA